AUGGACGCUAAAUAUGCUUGGUUUUGUGUCAUCAUUAUCUUGUUGCCUUUCAUUGUCAAAAGUACUGCCUCUUCGGAUGAAUGCGUGUACACGGUGUACGUAAGAACGGGCUCAAUCAUAAAGGCAGGAACAGACUCCAAAAUAAGCUUAGCCCUGUUCGAUCAGAAUGGUGUGGGCUUGGACAUACCAGAUCUGAAGUCUUGGGGUGGGCUACAGGGCCCAAAUCACAGCUACUUUGAGAGAGGUAAUCUGGAUAUAUUCGGCGGGAUAGGCCCAUGCAUAUCUGGGCCUGUUUGCUCCAUGAAGGCUUCAGAUGGAUCAGGCCCACAUCAUGGUUGGUAUUGCAACUACGUGGAGGUCACUACUACUGGGCCCCAUAUUCCAUGCGCCCAGAAGCUAUUCACCGUGGAACAAUGGCUUGCUAGAGAUGCCGCCCCUUAUGAACUUACUGCUCUUAGGGACUACUGCUCUUAUACACACACCCAACAAGAUUCAAGUUGA